AUGGUGUCUACCGCUUUCCUUUCCCUCAUUGUCUUUGCCGCCGCCGUCUCUGCAAGCUCUCUCCAACCUCGCAUACUUGCCGCCGAUGAUAUCAUCCUCCUCAACCACGAUGGCACCUCUCAGAUCAUUAAGGCCGCCGAAUACGAGGCCCUCGAAACCGCCGCCGCCACCGCUCUCGCUCCCGCUUCUUUUCCUUCGCUCAACAUCACCAGCACCCCCGAGAUAGCCCGGCGUCACUGCAGCCAGAGCAAUGAAGUCCAGAUCAUGGCAGAUGAUUAUUUGCUCGAAUCGGACGUCGUCAUGUCUCCAGUCGUCUCGUCGGUCGGUGGCGGGGCCACUGUGAGCAUCGAGGACGGUUUCAGGCUCUCGGAACAACUGAAAAUCCAAGGCCAGAUCACCCUCGGCGGCCCCAAGAUCAUCCGCGCAUCGCUCAACAAUAAGUUCGACAUGACGUGGACAUCCACUCAGACCAAAACGUUCAGGUACACGUUGCCGCCCAACAUGUACGGCGUUAUCGUCAGCCAGCCCUACGUCCGUCGGUUUCAGGGCUUCCUGCUGAGCGGCUGCACGGACAACCCUACUAGGACUCCUUUCGAGGCCAAGACGUACGAGAGCCAGAGCUACGGCUCGCUCUCUUGGGUCAAAGGCGUCAUUCGCAUGUGCAGCAGCGAGAUCUACCCCAUUCCGUACUGCGUCGGCGACGGCUACCACGAAUGA